ACUGCAAGGCAUGCUGUCACUACAGGCAAAGUGCACAGGUUUUACUGUGUACGUGCCUUUUAUGUUCACAUAGUUUAUUGCAGAUACAGAGACUGCCGACGAGUCAUUUCUGCAGUGCUCUUUGUCACAGUAGAAUUGGUCGAUGACUAUGGGGGUUUCUACUCCAGAAACUUGAAUGUUGGAGAACAUGAUUCCCUGGACCGAGCCUGAGCCUCCCUGCAGUUGAUCAUUGAAAGAAAGGCUUUGCUGCCGUCUUUUCCCAGUCCUCCUAUGCUGAUUCCAUGCCCAGGUCCACACCUCACAUUGUGUAUAUUUACGUUAGAGCAUCCUGUUUGUAUCGAGAUACAAUCAUCC